AUGGAGACCAAGAAGUUCUAUGAAAGAUGCAGCAGAAUGCUCCAAGAUAUAAAAGAAAAAAGAACAGGAAUAAAAACAGCCUGCUACAAAACCGAAAUGCCCACAAAAUACAUGGCAGUUAUCAGCAGCAUUCUCCGCAAGUACGACACUCUGAUGCGGGUAGUCAAUGGCAUCCAGCACGACAUGAAGAACAAGUGGCUGGCAGUUGUUGUGUGCUACGAAAUUCUCUACGGAAACCAGAAAGAAUCAACGAGAUUCAAUAAAAAACUGACAAAAGAGGUAAAGCUGAUCUACAAGUCUCUCGGAAUAGUUGAGAAAGAGAAAAAACACGAAGACACCUCGAAUACAUACAUCAGAAUCAAUACACUGAAGGCAGACUCGUCUGUUGUCUCGUCUCUCUCCACCGAAAGCACAAUAAUUCCGAAUGUCUACAAAGUGCUGGAAAAAGUGAACUGGAGCAAACUAAGGAGCUACCAGGAGGGCCUUUUCUUCAUCCAGGAUCUGUCCAGCUGUCUCCCAGCCUAUGCCCUCAAUCCUCCCAGGAACAGCACAGUGAUAGAUGCCUGCGCAGCCCCGGGAAACAAAACCACACACUUAGCGAUGAUAUCCCCGGAGAGCAAGAUAUACGCAAUAGAAAAAGACAUGGACAGGUACAAAAUACUCAGGGAAAUGGUGGAGAAGUCGGGCGCAGAGAACAUUGUGAGCAUAAAUGCUGAUUUUCUAUCGAUCACAAAAGAGAGCGAAGAAGUGUUCGAUGCAGAAUACAUUUUGGUCGAUCCAUCGUGCAGUGGAUCAGGCAUACACCCAAACGAAGAGAAAGACCACAACAGACUGAACAAGCUGAGCGCUUUUCAGGUGAAAAUACUCCAGAGAGCACUGAGCUUCCCAAAGGUAAGAAAGGUUGUGUACUCUACAUGCUCUCUCUACGAAGAAGAGAAUGAAGGAGUUGUGAAACAAGUACUGGACACGAACAGCAACUUUACACUGGAGAAAGUGCUGCCGCAGUGGAGCAAAAGAGGAGCCGAGGGAUAUGAGUUCAGCGAAAAUGUUGUGCGCUGCGACGAGGAAACAGGAACAAAGGGCUUCUUCAUGGCAAUGUUCGUUAGAAAAGAUAAAGAGUAA